UGAGGGCCGCCCGCGACAUGGGGCCUGCGCUCGGCUCGCCGGGGCUGCCGCUACGCAGGCAGGUGAAUCGAGGACCGAGUGGCUUAGACGGCGGCGCACCUCCGUGACGCCAUCUCGUUGCGCGACGCCCGGAGAGCGAUGGAGGCGGCGCGGCGCGGGGCGUCAGCUUCUGAAAAUGCCAGUGGCGCGGCCCGAGGACCCCGCCGCAAGCGGGUGUGGAGGCCCGACCUGAUGCGCAGUGUCGUGGGAAGUGUCCAGGAGGGACGAGGAUUUGCAUUUCGGAGAAAACAAAAGAUCGAAAGACAAUACAGGAAAUUAUUGAGAAAGGGAAAGAAGGUUCAUUCACAACAGGAUAAUCAGUUUACUGAUACUUAUCCAGAGCACUUGAAGCAUCUUUACCUAGCUGAGGAAGAAAUGCUCAAGAAACGGCGGCGCAGGGCUCCAGAUAAUUCACUUUUAUCAGAAGAAAAACUUAAUGAAGCAGUAGAGUCAGUUACGACUGAAGGGAAAUGUAAAAAGAAAACAUCUAAUCAGAAGGCAAAAGAAGAGUAUGAGAAAAUAAAGGCUGAGCGUGCUAGAAAGAAAGAGGAAGCAGAAAAAAGGAAACAACAAAGAGAAGAAGCCCAGCGUUUGUACAAACAGAAGAAAAUGGAAGCUUAUAAAAUAUUGAGUAAGAAAACAAAAAGAGGACAGCCAAAUCUAAACUUACAAGUGGAGUUUCUUCUUCAGAAAAUACAACAAAAUGCAUAAACCUUUGCACACAUCUUAAUUGCAGGUUUUGAGUUACCUGUGGACACUUUAUUAAAUUACUUUUAAUAAAUGAUAUCUUUACUUCUGUA